CAUGAAGGGAAGGUUCAUGUUUCUGUCGGUGCUCUUGUGUGCCACCUUUCAUCUCUCCUUCUCCUUUAAGGACGGACUAGUGGCAAAUGGGAAUUUUGAGUUGGGGCCAAAGCCAUCUGAUCUGAAAGGCACGGUGGUGAUUGGUGGCAGCCACGCCAUACCGGAGUGGGAGAUCUCUGGCUUUGUUGAGUACAUAAAAUCAGGGCAGAAACAGGGUGACAUGUUGCUUGUGGUGCCAGAGGGAGCAUAUGCGGUGAGGCUUGGGAAUGAGGCUUAUAUUAAGCAAAAUAUAAAAGUGAUAAAGGGAAUGUACUAUUCUAUCACGUUUAUGGUAGCACGCACAUGUGCACAAGAGGAACGAAUCAAUGUGUCUGUGGCUCCAGAUUCAGGAGUGAUCCCAAUACAAACAUUGUACACAAGCAGUGGUUGGGAUCCCAUUGCUUAUGGAUUCAAAGCAUUAUACAAUGUGGUUGAAAUGGUUAUCCAUAACCCUGGAGUGGAGGAGGAUCCAGCUUGUGGCCCCCUCAUUGAUUCUGUUGCACUCAGAACUCUCUACCCUCCUAGACCAACUAACAAGAACCUAUUAAAGAAUGGUGGUUUUGAAGAAGGACCAUAUGUGUUCCCCAACACAACUUGGGGUGUGCUAAUCCCACCCAACAUUGAGGAUGACCACUCUCCCCUACCAGGAUGGAUGGUGGAGUCCCUAAAGGCAGUGAGGUACAUAGAUUCUGAGCAUUUCUCAGUCCCAGAAGGCACAAGAGCUGUGGAGCUUGUAGCAGGUAAAGAAAGUGCCAUAGCACAAGUGGCUAGAACCAUUCCUGGCAAAACCUACGUACUCUCAUUUGCUGUGGGAGAUGCUAGCAAUUCCUGUGAAGGGUCUAUGAUUGUGGAAGCAUUUGCAGGCAAAGACACUAUAAAAGUGCCUUAUGAGUCCAAAGGCAAAGGUGGGUUUAAACGUGCAGCCCUUAAGUUUGUGGCUGUUGGCCCAAGAACACGUGUUAUGUUCCUUAGCACAUUCUACACCAUGAGGAGCGAUGACUUCUCUUCGCUGUGUGGGCCUGUGGUUGAUGAUGUCAAGUUGCUUAGCCUACGUAAACCAUAA